UUGUGUAUGAGAAAGUAAUGAAGAUCUUAGACUUCAAUCAUCGUGCAUGUUGUCCCUUGAACUACUCAUUCCAAAAUUGUGAUUACUCAGCCUGUGAGUUCACAGACAUGCCUGAUGAAGCUGAUCUAGUUUUGGUUAAUGGAGCUCGCCUCAAAACUCUGAAACUGCCUCAACGACGUCAAGGGCAACUGUGGAUGAUGUAUACAAAAGAGCCCCCUCAUUUCAAAAGAUUCAAAUACCUAGCCCGAAAAGACUUCAUUGACCAGGUCAACUGGACACGCUGCAUUUUUCGUGACUCCACAUUCAGGGGUCACUAUGGAGCGCUAGAAAAGAGACCUCCACCUGAUAAAGAUUAUGAAAAGAUUUAUGCUGACAAGAUAUACCAAGCUGCCUGGUUUGUGUCCCACUGCUACAGCCAGUCUCGCAGAGAUGAAUAUGUCAAACGGAUGCUUUCUGAAAUCGAUGUUCAUAUCUUUGGCAAAUGCGGCAACAGAACAUGUGGAUCCCAUGGGCUAAAGCUCAAGCUGUUGGGUACAACAGACGCCUGCCUUGACCAAAUAUCUGUAAAGUAUAAGUUCUAUUUAUCCUUUGAGAACUCCAUGUGCUCUGACUAUGUCACGGAGAAAUUCUACAAACUCUAUGAAAAUAUUGAUGUCAUUCCGGUGGUCCGAGGCGGAGCAAACUACACUGAACUGGCUCCAGCUGGGAGCUAUAUCAAUGCCGGAGACUUUCAUUCUCCAGAAGAACUGGGGAAAUACUUGAGGCAUCUGUCUGAGGACAAACAGGAGUAUAUCCGCAUGCUAAAGAUUAAAGACAGGUACAUCAAUACAUUUCCCAAACCACCAUACCCAUGUGAACUAUGCAAAGCUCUGCACACUCGCCGACAUGUUCCAUCAACAUAUGAGAACAUUUACAAAUGGAUGACAGAUCAUUGCUGGGAACCAAAUGACCUCUGA